AUGUGGUGGCAUGGACCAGACUUAUUAAGUGCAGUGAACUUUGAAAACAAGCCACUCGAAGAGAUCAGUGAAGAAGACAUUCCGGAGCUGCGUGCAACUCCAACAGUGCUACCUGCAAUUGAAAAUGAAGAACAGUUGAAAGUGUUUUCAAAGUACAGCUCGUUCAGAAAGCUACAACGAGUUAUUGCGCUGCGUUUCGCCAGCAACUGCAAGAAGAAGGAUUCAGCUUCACCAGUACAUAAGACAAUUCCUACCGUGGCUGAACUUCGACUUGCAAUGGACAUUAUUGUGAAAGUGGUGCAACGUGAAGAGUUCUACGAUGAGAUUGCUCGAGUCGAAUCGGGUGAACGAUGUAGACAACUUGGUUCGCUGGGACCCAUCCUAGUGAACGGUGUUCUGAGAGUCGGCGGACGCUUAGAGCAUUCCAACCUUCCAUACAAUGAGAAGCAUCCGAUCAUCUUGCCGUCCCAAAGUCCCAUCGUUCGCAUGCUUAUUCGUGCCCUGCAUGAAGAGCAUCUACAUCUUGGACCGACUGGCUUGGUCCACGUGAUUCGAAGAGAUUUCUGGUUGAUCAACGCUGCAGCUACUGUCCGUGGAGUAACCAGAUCUUGCGUGAAGUGUUUCAAAGUCAAGCCUGUGGACACAAACCAGUUCAUGGGAAACCUGCCAUCCUGCCGCGUGACACCUGCGCCGCCCUUUUCCGUUACUGGCGUGGAUUACGCUGGGCCGUUCCAUAUCAAGCAGGGCCUGCGCAAGGUGACUACCGUGAAAGGCUAUGUAGCGGUGUUCGUCUGCAUGGUGACUCGAGCCGUGCAUCUGGAGCUGGUGUCAGACAUGACGACCAGUGCAUUCAUCGCUGCGCUUCAGAGGUUCGUGAGUCGGCGUGGAAUUGUCCAUCAGCUACAUUCCGACAACGGCACUAAUUUUCGUGGUGCACAUCACGAACUGAAUCAGCUGUACCAGGCGUUUCAACAAGAGCAAGAGUCGAACCAAAUCGCAUCGUUUUGCACGACCAAGGGGAUUGAAUGGCAGUUUAUUCCGGCGGAUGCCCCCGAGUUUGGUGGCAUAUGGGAAGCUGCAGUCAAGAGUAUGAAGAGCCAUCUGAAGAGAGUCGUCGGGAAUUCCUCUCUGAACUUCGAGCAGUAUGCGACCAUCCUGACGGAAAUUGAAGCGAUCCUGAACUCCCGUCCGCUAUUUGUGACAUCAGCGCCGGACGGAUCCGAAGUGAUUACGCCUGCCCAUUACCUUAUCGGGCGUCCACUCACCGCUAUACCAGAGCCGUCCUACGAAGAUAUUCAGGCAAACCGCUUGGAUAAGUGGCAACACCUACAGAUGCUGCGGGAGCAUUUCUGGAAGGCUUGGUCCCGUGACUACCUGAGCAGCUUGCAGCCUAGAAAGAAAAAUCAGAAGCUUGAAGCAAACGUGAUUCCUGGAAUGAUUGUUCUAGUGCACAACCGGAAUUUGCCCCCUCUACAGUGGAAACUGGGGGUCGUAACCAAAACCUUUCCUGGAGCCGAUGGUUUGGUACGAGCCGUAGACGUGUACAGCGACAAGUCGACAUUCCGUCGACCGAUCAACAAACUGUCAAUCCUGCCGAUAGAAGACAACAAGGCCUACUUUGGUGCACCUAAAUUUUUGAAAUAG